AUGGUAACUUAUUGGAAAAUUCACUGGUCGGAAUUGGAUGAUCCAGUUUACUAUAAAAACAUUCAGCAGAAGAUCCAAGCCGGCUUGGCUACUACUGCGUCCGAGGUUGACAAUGCGAAGAACCACAUCAAGUACCCGGAGUAUUUGGUCAGAAGUAAGAUAGAGGACGAAGGUAAAUACAAUAAUCAAACCAAUCCUGGCCAUGAGAAUAAUGACAAAGGUCAUUUGGGAAAUCCGACAUUUGAGAACCUUUUCAAAAGUCCAAAAGUUAAGACUUUUGAUUUGUCUCCUAAUUUGGGGACAGAAAUUGAUGGUGUUCAAUUGAGUCAAUUGGAUGAUGCUGGAAAGAACGAUUUGGCGUUAUUUUUGGAAACUAGAGGUUUGGCCGUUUUCAGAAACCAGGACCUCAGAGACAAGGGACCUCAAUUUGCUUCGGAGUUCGGUAACUACUUUGGACCAUUACAUAUUCACCCAAUUGCUUACUCUGCCGAAAAUCAUCCAGAGCUUUUGGUCACUUUUAGAAACUCGGGUGAUGGUUCUAGAUACAAGCAGGAGCUUCUGGACUCGACGACAAGUUUGACUUACGGAUGGCACUCCGACAUCAGUUUCGAAGAGUACCCUGCGUCUUUCUCUUUCUUUGUUGCUUUGGAGGCUCCUCCAUCUGGAGGUGACACCAUCUUUAUCGAUUUGCGUGAAGCCUAUAAGAGAUUAUCUCCAACUUUACAGAAGUUUUUCGAGACGUUGACUGUCGUCCAUUCUAACUACCACCAGAACAAGGUCGCAGCGCUCAGAGGACUCGUUGCCAAAGUAAAGGCUGAUUAUUUCACCGAGCAUCCAUUGGUGCGCACUCAUCCGGUUACAGGAGAGAAGAGUUUGUAUUUCUCUCGUCUCUUUAUCCAUAAGAUCAAGGGUGUGAAGCCUUCGGAAUCUGCUGCUAUCUUGAACUUCUUGGAAGAUCAUGUUACAAACAACCCAGAGUUCCAGGUUAGAGCUACUCAUAGAGGUACCGACUCCAGGACUGUGAUUGCUUGGGAUAACAGAUUUUUGCUUCAUUCUGCCACGGGUGACUUCCUUGAGCAUGAAACUGGUCCAAGACAUCACUAUAGGAUCACUGUUCUUGGAGAGAAGCCAUACUUUGAGAAGUCGUUAGCAGACUUGACAAUUUAG